UGUUGUUGAUCACCUCCACAAUGAACCACAGAACCGUUAAUCUCAACAGCCGACCUGCGGGUUACAGUGACAGCCCCAGGGCCAGGAGCCGAGAUAACCUGUUACUGUAUGAAGAUUUUGGAGAGGAGAACUGUUGCUCUGGACGAUGCCUCGGCCACAGCAGCUCCGAGAGACAACUCAUGGCUCGUGUCAACGCUGCUAAGAGACGUCAGGCUCUUCGUGGUCCUGCCUACAUGUUCUCCGCUCCUUCAAUCAGCCUGUCAAAUGUUGAGCAACGUCUCCUGGAGGCAGCUGAAUACGGAAACAUACCGGAGGUGCGGCGCAUGCUUCUCCAUGUACCCAACUUGAAUGUCAACGCUGUGGACUACAUGGGCCAGAAUGCUUUGCAGCUAGCUGUAGCCAAUGAACAUCUGGAGGUGGCGGAGCUGCUGCUGGGGAGGGCGGAUUUGGCCAGAGUGGGUGAUGCCCUCCUGCUAGCCAUCAGUAAAGGUUAUGUUCGUAUCACAGAGGCCGUGCUGAGUCACCGUUCAUUUAGAGAUGCCAAUCGUCUGACAGCGAGCCCUGCUCAAGUAGACAUGUUGGAUGACUUCUACGCUUAUGAUGAGGACGGGACAAGGUUUUCCCAUGAUGUGACUCCAGUGAUCCUUGCAGCUCACUGCCAAGAAUACGAGAUUGUUCACACCCUGUUGAGUAAAGGUGCCCGCAUCGACCCCCCUCACGACUACUUCUGUGGCUGCGACUCCUGUAACUACCAGCAGCAGUUUGACUCCUUCAGCCACUCUCGAUCGAGGAUCAAUGCUUACAGAGGACUCGCCAGUCCCGCUUACCUAUCCCUGUCCAACGAGGAUCCAGUGCUGGCAGCACUGGAGCUCAGCAAUGAACUGGCCAUGUUGGCCAAUAUUGAGAAAGAGUUUAAGAAUGACUACUGCUGUCUGUCGAGUCAGUGUAAGGACUACGUGGUGGGCCUUCUGGAUCUGUGUCGCAGCACAGAGGAGGUGGAGGCCAUACUGAGCGGAGAAACUGACUCCGAAGACAGCUAUGAUCCACCAGGCCGCCCCUCCCUCACACGGCUCAAAUUAGCCAUCAAAUACGAGCUCAAAAAGUUUGUGGCUCAUCCUAACUGCCAACAGCAGCUGCUGAGUAUCUGGUAUGAGAAUCUGCCCGGGUUGAGACAACAAACCACUGCUACCAAACUGCUGGUGGUGCUGGGGGUGGCUAUGAGUUUGCCUGGGCUGGCUGUGGCAUACUGGGUCGCUCCAUGCAGCAGAGUGGGAAAGGUGAUGCGCAGCCCCUUCAUGAAGUUUGUGGCCCAUGCUUCAUCUUUCACAAUCUUCUUGGGUCUUCUGAUCCUGAAUGCAGCUGACCGUUUUGCAGGCACAACGCUAUUGCCUAACAUGACCCACCAUAACAUCCCAGGAGGACACCAACUCAACUCCGACCCGCUGCUGCUCUACCGAAUGACCACGACACCUUUCACGUGGAUGGAGAUACUCAUCAUUUCAUGGGUCAUGGGUAUGAUCUGGGCUGAGGUGAAGGAGAUCUGGAGUCAAGGGCCUGGGGAGUACUUUGUGGAACCGUGGAACUUCCUGGACUUUGGGAUGCUGGCGAUCUUUCUCGCCUCCUUCAGCUGCCGCUUUUCUGCUCUGAGACAUGCUGACUUAGCCCAGACCUAUGUACACACACACUACACAACACUGCUUAAUGUCACACUGCCUCCUGAAAUACACUACUUCACACUGGCACGGAUCCACUGGUUGGCGUCAGACCCUCAGCUGGUAUCAGAAGGCCUGUACGCAGUCGCAGUGGUGCUGAGCUUCUCUCGCAUUGCUUACAUCCUCCCAGCCAAUGAGAGCUUUGGCCCACUGCAGAUCUCUUUGGGGAGGACCGUCAAGGACAUCUUCAAGUUCAUGGUCAUCUUCAUCUUGGUCUUCUUGGCGUUCAUGAUUGGCAUGUUCAAUCUGUACUCCUACUACCUGGGGGCAAAGCAGAAUGACGCCUUCACCACCCUAGAGGAGAGCUUCAAGACGUUGUUCUGGGCUAUAUUUGGACUCUCCGAGGUCAAGUCUGUCGUGAUCAACAACGGACACAAAUUCAUCGAGAACAUUGGCUAUGUUUUGUACGGGGUUUACAAUGUUACCAUGGUGAUAGUGCUGCUCAACAUGCUCAUUGCCAUGAUUAACAGCUCCUUCCAGGAGAUUGAGGAUGAUGCCGAUGUAGAGUGGAAGUUUGCUCGGGCCAAACUCUGGUUCUCCUACUUUGAGGAGGGACGAACGCUCCCUGUGCCCUUUAACCUGAUGCCUAGUCCCAAAUCUAUGCUGGGCCUGUCCAAAGGAAUUAAGUCCCUGCUCCUGCACUACAUGGCAGGACAAAGCAAGGAGAAAACAGAGACACAGCUCAACAAGCUUGGAGAAGGAAAAAGUUCAGGAUAUGGUGAUUCAUCGAGCUCUUCCAGAUACCAGAAGAUCAUGAAGCGACUGAUAAAACGUUACAUCAUCAAAGCCCAGGCAGACAGAGAGAGUGAUGAGAUAACUGAAGGUGAGUUGAAGGAAAUCAAGCAGGACAUCUCAAGUCUGCGAUAUGAACUACUGGAGGAGAAAUCACAGACUAUGGAGACAAUGGACGGACUGCUGCGACGGCUAGAGGAGAUGAACACACAUUCAUAAUGCCACUCACACUGUUUCUCUUUUGCUUAUAUUUAGGUGAUGGCACUGAGCUACGGUCAGUAAAGACUUGUACAUAAAACUGUACAGCUCAAAGCUUUAGUGCCUGUACUCCAUCACUGAAUGUAGAUAUAAUGGUGACGAAACAUUAUUAUGAUAAAAAUGAAGAAUGUAUU